AUGAGCAAGGAACUUCUCCAGGCUAUCCUCUUGGACCCCACAUACCAUGAUUACUUGUCUAUCCUCAAGGGCGCACGCAAUGGCUUUGUCUAUGGCGUCAAGGUUCGCUUCCCCCACGCGCUCUUGAUGGCUUUCCUCUUUGGCAAAGGAAGCUGGGCCGUCCGCUUGCGUUCUGUGCUUAAACAAACAUGGACACACGCGACCGGCCUUACAAAAUACGUGAUCGUUUACAAGACCCUCGUCGUCCUGCUGAAGAAGAUGAACGGUGGAAGGAAUCAGCGUUUCGACACGUUCUUCUCCGGCUUGGUUGCGGGGUACUUCACCUUAGGUGAACGCACUACGAUCAACGAACACAUCUUGUUGCAUGGACUCGGACGUGUGGUCGUUGCCGUGAUGCCCCGUGCGCCAACACCCAGAACUCCGCCGAGCAGUCCUAUCUCCCCGAAUGCGCCUCCUCUCGUGCGGCCGCUGCCACCAAAUGCGCAAUGGUUCGCCGCCUUCACGGCCGUGACAUCGGGCCUAUUGAUGUGGUUGUUCGAGCAACACGGAGAACGCGUGCAGCCAGGACUGUUCAGCAGCUUCACCUAUCUAUACCGCGACUCGAAUCACUGGGAUUCCUUUCGGACCUUCAUGCUUCAAAACCGCCCUUGA